AUGGCGCUGCCCCCCACCAAUGCGCGCCUGGGUAUGCGCCUGGUGGAAUGUGGCAUUUGCUACGAGGCCUACAAAGAAGCUUCCCGUGGGAGGGUCCCCAAACUUCUGUGGUGCCGUCACUCCCUCUGCUUGGCCUGCCUGAGAAAACUGGUCUGCCAGUCCCGAGCCUACUCUUUUGUGGUCUGCCCCUUUUGCCGAAUGGUGACACUCGUGCCUGAACAAGGACUGCAGGCCUUGAAGGACGAUGAAGCCCUUCUACGGGAGAUGGCUCCGCAAGGACCGGAAGGGGUGGACUCAGACGAGGAGCCCAUGGACGACAAAGACUCCUCUGGAUCUCCCAGCUGGUCCCUCAGUAACUCAGCUCUAUCCUUAGACGUGGAGUUUAACUACAUGACCAGCUCGCCCAUCUUCACAGUCAGCAGCCUAGUCCCAGCAUACCCAACAGGCCUCCAUCCUGGAACAGGGAAUUUGGGCAGGUUUCAGCUGCAGGAGAUACCAAACACCUUCCUGGUUCAGUUUCCCAGCAGUUCCUCCUCCCAGGACUCCCAGCCACCUCCAUCAUCAGUGGAAAAUGUCCGGCUUUGCUUUGCGGUGACCAUCAUUCUUCUCAUCAUCUCGAUCUUCUUCUCACUGGUCUUCUUCAAGUAA